UGACUCGGAUUGAAAUAUGGAAAAAAAACCAGGGAAACUGUCUGAAGCGGACUAUUAUGCACGAUUUAGUGGUUUGUUUGAAGUGGUUUUUCAAGGCGUUGAUAUCAAGUGGUGACACAACAAGCAGCUCCACAAAGGCAAUUAGGAAGUACAACGAAGAACUGUUUGGCCAUGCUCCCAAAAAUGGUAUAUUUGGCAGGAAAAUUGAUGAUAUCAUUUGUUACCAUGACUUGGAACUUAGUUUAUGCGAAUGUAAGCCAACCUCCGUAUCAUCAUCUACCCUCUUGAAGCAACAAGUCAAGAACCUUCGGAGCAAUAGUUGUGUUUUUCACCACUUAUAUUCACUUUCACCUGUACCCGAUGACGACUUGUAUAUUUAUGGCAUGGACUGGUGUGGUAAUUACGGAACUAUGUACAUUAUGAUUUGAACAUUGACCAUGUGAUGGUGGCGGCGAAGGUGGGCAACUUGAUUAUCCCAGAUGAUCCAAUGGAACUAGAUACCAUGAAGAAAACCGUUUCCCUGUUACUUUGUUUAAAG